AUGUUGCCCACAAAGGGCUAUUUCCAAGACAUCGAGUGUCCCUAUCUCAACAGUUCAUGUGGUAGGCCUUACUGCCACUUCAGGCAUAGAAAGAAGCAGGUAGAACUGUUAGAAGAAAUCGUCACACAGGCAGAAAAGGAAACUCCAGUUAUUCCUACUUAUAAACCAACCCCGAAGAGUGAAUUGGCAAAUAUUCACAGCAGCAAGAGUCAUAUUCCUAUCAGUUAUGUUCCCGACCUCGCAUUCAGACCAGAAAGAAAGGCAAGACCUCUGCCAAAGUUUGAAAAACCCACCUACAAACCAACACCCUUGAGCAUAUUGUCGUCAGCUAAUAAAAGUAGAAUAUCUGUAUCUGAUGAAAAUGGAGAGCACAUCGAUGUGAUCAAAGAAAUAAAGCAAAACAUUGCAAAUGUUGAAUAUGAUCCAACAAAAUCCCUUCAACCUGCUACUGACAUAGAUUUCGAGGGGUUGUCUACAGAGUUUGAUAUGAUUGAUGAUAUCAUAAAUACUUCUAGUGAACCCAAAACAAUUAUUGACAAUGAUGCUUAUGAUCCCUCAAAAACUGUUGUUAAAGUUAGUAGUGUAGACAGUAAUAAAACAGAGUUGUCCUCAAAUAAUCAGCUUGAAGAGAAUCUUCCUUCAACUUCUCACCUGAUCAAUAAUCCAGUUAAAGCAAAACCUGCUGAAAAAUCAAGUAGAGAUAAAGAAAAAGCUACCAACAAGACUAAUGAUGAAUCUAGGCCAAAAAGUUGUGAAGUUCAGACAAAAACUAAUAGCCUGACAAAGGGGGACAAGAAUCAGAAUGAAGAAUCUAAGGAAAUAGUGCAUAAAACUAGUGAAAAGUUGCAGAAAGUUAGUAGUAAAGAUAUUAAAGAAAAAAAAGAUGGUACUUCAAAUAAAUCUGAGAAAGAAAGGACUCAUUCUAGUAAACCUAAAAUUAAGGAGAGAAGUCCCAGUAGAAGUAAAGAAAAAGAAAAAUCUAAAGAAAAGGAGAAAUCUAAAGAAAAGAAAAAAGGAAAGCAAGAAAAUGAAGAAAAAGAAACUAUUGAGAAGCAUAAAGGUGAUGGUGAUUCUAAAGAAAAAACUAAGGACAGCAGUCACAGCAAGAGUGGUGAAAGAAAAAAGGGAAGUGAGGAAAAAGCAGAAAAGAGCAAAACAGAAAGCAAAAUAAUGAGUGAAGAGAAAAUGAAAUCAAAAGAAAGUACCAAUGAAAGUAAACAAAAGUUAAAAAGUGAGGAAAUAAAUAAGGAAAAGCAAAAAAACAAAGAAAUGAGUGGAGAACAGCAAAAAAACAAAGAAAUGAUUAAGGAAAAGCACAAAAGCAAAGAAAUAAGUAAGGAAAAGCACAAGAGCAAAGAAAAGACAGAUAGACAUGAAAGUAAAAGCAGUGAUAAAAAAAAUAAACAAGUUGAAAAAAAAGAAAAGAAUCAAAGUAAAGAAAGAAGAUCAAGUAAAGAUGAAAAAACCAUUUGUAAAACCAAAGAGAAACACAAAAAUAGGGAAAAAGAGCACACAAAAUCAAAAAGCAAUUCUCAAAGUUCAGAGAAGUGUAAGAAAGAGGGUAACAGGAGUAAGCAUAAAGAUAAAAUGAAGAAGUCAAAAUCUAUCUCACUCAAAGAACACCUUGUUAGUGAAAAUGAAAUGUCUGAUAAUGAUUACCAUGAAGACAAUGAAUUCAUGAAUUUAGACAACAUGGACAAAAUGGAAGUUGAUACAGAUCUUGAAGAAGAUGAAGAUGAAACCAUGAUGGAAUGUUAUCGAAUAUUCAAUGAGUACAAAGUACCACAGCAAAAUAGAAUAGAAAGAUCACCUGAAAAAUCAGAAGAUGUAGUAUCUUCAUCAAGUGAUAUCUAUAUUCCUGAAAAUGUAGGCAAAAAACGCAUAGCUCACCCUAAUUCCAUGAAGUAUUCAUUGUACCAGGAAGCUAUACCAGAAAAUAAACCAAAAAUUGUAAGCACCCCUGGACAGUCCUUAGCAAACCGUUAUAAGCUGGCCAAGCUAGCUCAAGCUAACAGAGAACAAGAAUUGCUUAUGAAUGAAAUGCACUUGGAAAUGCAGCAAAAUGUGAUGACAAAAAGACCUGCUCCUAGUCUUUUAGAAGCUGCAAGGGAGCGCAAAAUUAGAAGAGAGAUGGAAAAGGAGCAAAAACCAAUCCAGUCUACAAGUCUGGUAGAUGAUAUUUUACAUGGUGUUUCAAAAAAUCCACAACAAAAGGUAGUGAAGAAAAUAGCUCCUGCUCAGAAUGUCAUGUUGAUGGCCAAAUCCAAGGAACGCAUAUCCAAGAUAAAGCCAGCAGUACCUUUGAAAACCAUAGCACACACUCAAAAAAGUGGCAGAGUUGCCCAUGUUCCAGAUGUUUCCUUGACUGAUAUUCCUGAUGUAAUAGAUGCUGAUAAAUCUAAGUUGCCAGUAAAUGUACGCACCAGAUUCCUAACUUUGAUAGCAGAUGAAUGUGUUAAACUGUAUAUAUCCAAGGCAGAAGCAUUCUCAAGGGCUCUAAGUGAAGAAUAUUCCUGCUAUGAGAAGUGCAAAGUACUGGUAACAUAUCGCAAUUCAGCUAUGUUGGCGAUGAAUCGUCUGAGAAAAGAAGUCCUUGAAAGAGACAAGAGUGGUCUAGGGCUGAUUGGUAUCGGCGAAGACACAGAUAGGAACUCAUCUUCUGAAUACAAGGGCCGCAAGUUUUAUGAUCGGAUUAAAAAAUGGGUGCUGACAGAUGAAGAGCUGGAUAUCCAUGGAUACCCUAGGGAAUGUGAAGAGCACCAUGGCAGAGCAAUCAUAAGAAAUUUCAAGAGACAGAUCUCCCUGAAUUUGGACGACAAUCAGCGCAUGUGCUGUCGGUGUCAUAAACUCUACCAAGUUGAUGAUGAUGGAUGGCCAUUAUUUGAAGAAGAAUGCUGCUAUCACCCACUGAAGAAGAGGACUAUAAGAGGGGAGCAAACCUAUCUUUGCUGCCGCAGCAGUGACGAGAGUGGAUGUGCCACUAGUGACUGGCAUGUUUCUGAAACUGCUGUUACUGGUGAACUAGAAGGUUUCCAGACCACCAUGAACCCGGAAUAUGACAGUGACCCUCGUAACUGUGCAAUUUAUGCCUUGGAUUGUGAGAUGUGCUACACCACAAAAGGGUUAGAACUCACACGUGUGACAGUAGUAGACACAGAGUGCAAAACAGUAUAUGAAUCUCUAGUGAAGCCUUUCAACCCCAUAAUAGACUACAACACAAGGUUUUCAGGUAUUACCAAAGAACAAAUGGACAAAACCAGCACAAGUAUUUUGCAGGUUCAAGCGAAUAUUCUGCAUUUGUGUAAUUCCAAGACUAUUCUCGUCGGUCAUAGUUUGGAGUCGGACAUGAAGGCGUUGAAAAUCGUACAUGAAAAUGUUAUAGACACUUCCGUUUUGUUUCCUCACAAGAUGGGGCUGCCUCAUAAGAGAGCUCUGAAAGCUUUGGCAAGUGAGUACUUAAGGAAGAUCAUCCAGAAUGACGUCAGUGGACAUGACAGUGCAGAGGAUGCACUUACCUGCAUGGAGUUGUUGAAAUGGAAAGUGAAGGAUGAACUUAAAGUAAAGGGUACUUGA